AUGGCGCCGUUCGAACCGGCGGCGCUGCCGGAGCUGCUCCCGGUGUUCUACCGCCGGCUCUUCCCGCACGGCGCCUACGGCCGCUGGCUCGGCUACGGCGGCGUGGAGAAGAACUACUUCCAGCUGCGGGAGUUCUCCUUCACGCUGCGGGACGACGUGUACGUGCGGUUCCAGUCGUUCGGCAGCCCGCAGGAGCUGGAGAAGGAGCUGCAGAGGACCAACCCGUACAAGAUCGACAUCGGCGCCGUAUAUUCGCAUCGCCCCAACCAGCACAACACGGUGCACCUCGGGGCGUUCCAACCCGUGGAGAAGGAGCUGGUGUUCGACAUCGAUAUGACCGACUACGAUGACGUCCGGACGUGCUGCAGCUCGGCCGACAUCUGCUCCAAGUGCUGGACUCUGAUGACCAUCGCUGUCCGUGUGAUUGACCGCGCGCUCGUGGAGGACCUGGGCAUGAAGCACCGCCUGUGGGUGUACUCGGGACGGAGAGGUGUGCACUGCUGGGUCUGCGACGACGCCGUGCGCAAAUGGUCCCCGGCGCUGCGUGCGGCCGCUGUGGAGUACCUGAGCCUGGUGAAGGGUGGAGCUGAGACGGUGAAGAAGGUGAACCUCUCGGAGCCCGUCCACCCCUUCAUCAGGCGGUCGGUGAACGUGGUGGAGAAGUACUUCGAGGCGUACGCACUGCAGGGCCAGGACGUCUUGGGCAGCCCCGAGCGCUGGGACAAAGUGCUGGCCUUGGUCCCAGAAGAGCACCGUGAGCUGCUGCAGAGCGAGUUCCCCAAGAAGCGCGACUCAGUGCAGCGCUGGGAGCUGCUGAAGGGCCGCAUGGAGCGGACACGGCGGGCAGCAGGCAGUGGGAAGGGCACAGCGUGCUAUGCAGACUGGGAGAUCAUGCUGCAGUACUGCUUCCCACGGCUCGACAUCAACGUCAGCAAAGGCAUCGGGCACCUCCUGAAGAGCCCCUUCAGCGUCCACCCCAAAACAGGCCGCAUCUCGGUGCCACUGGAUCUGCAGAGGUUGGAUGACUUCGACCCGUUCGCAGUGCCCACCAUCAGCUCUCUGUGCGAGGAGCUGGAUGCGGCUGGCGAUGAUGCAGAGCAGGAGGACAGCGAGGAGACGGAGCCAAAGCGGCGGAUGCGGGACUACCGGCGGACGCAGCUGGCGCCCUACGUGAAGGCCUUCGAGCAGUUCCUGGAGGAGAUGGAGCGCGCGCGGCGCGGGGAGCGGCUGUGGAGGAGCGGUGAGCGCUGGGGAUCCCACCGCUCCCAGCUGCUCUUCAUUGCUUAUUGAAAACCUAAUGAGGUUCAGUAAGGCCAAGUGCAGGGUGCUGCGUUUGGGUCAGGGCCAUCCCAGGUAUUCACACAGACUGGGGAAAGAUCUUGAGAGCAGAGAAGGACUUGGGGGUCCUGGUAGACGAGAAGCUGGACACGAGGCAGCAGCGUGCGCCUGCAGCCAGCUGUGUUCUGGGCUGCGUUAAAAAAGUCGUCUCCCUCUAUGGGCUCUGGUGAGGCACCAUCUGCAGCACUGCGUCCAGGCCUGGGGCCCUCAGCACAGGAAGGACGUGGAGCUCUGGGAGCGGGUCCA